AUGCAGUUUUUCAGUCCUUUCCUGCCUUGUGAAGCUCACCCCAACUCAGGAUUUCAGCGAAAUCAAAGUUUGACUCGUGUGGACAAGGGCUUCCCAUUUUCAACCUACGCAGCUGCCAGUGGAAGUUGCACCCCGGUCCAGCCCUUGGACCCCCGGCCGCUGGCGCCCCCGCCCCCCAGCCUGGACCCCCGGCCCCCGCACCUGGCUCUCGUCGAAGGCCGGCGCAGCCGCGGAGGCGAGCCGGAGGUGGCGCAGCCGGGGAACGGGGUGGUCCUCUUCCGCGGCCCAAGGCCGAAAGGACAAGGAAAACUGGGCCCGAGAAGGGACCGCGGUCCGCCCGAGCCCGGGAGAGAGAGCGGCAUCGCGCCACCCCAAAGUCCCUUCCAUUUAUUCUCGGCUGACGCGUCAGAGAGCCGCCUGGACGCCCGCGUUCCCGAGCACCCCGCUGACGACCCCUCCGGAGAGGCCAAUCCCGUCCCGCCGUUCAGGGCGCGCCCCGAGACGUCGUCGGAAGCCCGACCAAUCCCGUCCGGUCGCGACCGCGUCGGCCCGCCCACUCCCCGACGCCCCGCCUCCCUUCUCCAACGGGCGCGCAGCUUCUCGAAGCGCAGUCAGAGCUGCGCAGUCACCGUGACGCAGAUCCGCGCAGGCGCACUGGGCUCACCGCCAGGCGCGGGAAAGCGGAGUCCGGGCCAGAGCAGCCGCGAGCGCGUGUGGCCGGUUGGCCUCGGCGCCCGCGCAGAUGGACGGACCGCGCUGGACGGACCACGCUGGACGGCGCCGGCGGGCGGCGCGGAGGGCCGCAGCGAGGGGAUCACCAUCCAGGAGACGAGGGUUCUGCCACACGUCAGAGUCCGCAGGAGAAGGAGGCACGAGGCGGUGAG